AAGAACUAGGAAAAUUGAGAAAAAGUGCAGGAAAAGUGCUUGAAUUUUGGUAUGAAAAAUCUGUACAAACCAUUGCCUUGGGGUUAAGCCUAUUGGAUGAUAUUGUGAUACAGUAUAACCACAACACUAUUACCCGUAUUAUACAGAGCUUACGUAAAUAUAACAUCAUAUAUGCAUGUCUAUAAAAAAGUAUUAGAACAAUAUCUAUACUGGUAGUACAUGUGUAUACCUUUAGCUAGACAAUGCCAGAAUCACAUAUACGUUGUACAAAAUGACUGUUACUCUUGAUGCACAUAUAUAACAUCAAGACUGCAUGGUGACAGCUUCUAUCCUAUUAAAUUAUAUCCUAAAAUCUCGUCUGUCUAAAUAAUUAAAUGCUGGUACAUUAUUUGCCUGUAGCUGUGUUUAGACAAAUAUGUAAUUAAUAUAAAAAUCAAUAUUUCUUUUGCUUUAGCAGAACUUCAAGCAGUGUGAAGAAUAUCAAAUCAACAUUAGCAUUGUUUGUUUGUUGGAGACCUACUGGAAACCCAGCUGGCUGAAUAACUAUGUCAAAUACAAAAACUAAAGUAAAUCAAACAGCAACAGCAGUUAAGCUAAGAUCUAGAAUGCACCUUGGCAAUAUGAGAGUAUGGAAACUGGAAGCCGGAUGAGUACCACAACUGCCAUGGCCAUGUCAGAACUGCCUGGUAUCCUAUCAGUGUAUGGGCUGCAGCAUUAAUGGCACGGAGGAUGAAGAAAUUCAGCUACAAUUUUUUUAUUGUUUCUAAUGUGAUAUCCUGUCAUAUCAUAGCUGACCGAUAUGGCUGGGCAGACAAAUACAUUCACUGUAAUAUUACAAAUUACUAUUAAAGAUAUCUUUGUAUGGGACAAGAAUCCAGUCACCAGCACAUGUUGAGGUGAGAGAAGGCAGUAACCCAAACUGUUCACAUGAAAACAAAACCAGCUCUGCAGUGAUCCAAUCUGGUCCAGGGAUGAUCUUAUCAAAUGAUAAUAGUUUAGCAUUUCGUGUACAGCUCUGAUCUAUAUAGACAAAACAGUUUCGGUUUAUAUCAUAUGUAUUUUAAUUUACACAUGAUAAAGUCAUUUGUGAUACAAGACUACAGUCAUCACCAUUCUGGUUCCCACACACAUAUAUAUAUACCCUAUCUUUAUCCAUGGAUUCUGUGCAUGUUCAAAUAGUGAAUGGGUUUACAGUUUGGAAGACAAAUCUGACAUACACAAGAAACAUUGAUGUAAAUUUAACAGAAGAAAGCUUUUGGCCAUAUACAUUCUAUCAAAAUUCUGAAAUCUGGAACACAGAAAGGAUUUGAGAAUCAGAACCAAAGUGCUAACCCUCGCAUGUUACCAAAGCUGCAAACUGAAACCAGUAUCUGCUGAAUAGUUCAGGGAUCGGUAAUAUACAUUGUAUAGGUGGUGGCCUAAUGUCAGCUGAGAAAAGUCUGAUGAAGGUGAAAACAUAGAGGUCCAAUUCUGAACUGUUGGAACGUUGCUAGUUGAUCGAGCGAUACAGGAAGGUCUCAUGGAGUCUUUACAAACAUUCCGGAAUUGGUUCUGGAGUGAAAGUUUCUGGUUGCCUGCUAACGUGACCUGGACAACCUUUGAGAACCCACCUCCUGGAGAAUAUUAUCCUUUAGAAAGACACCUUCUCCUCCCAAGUUUAGUAUUAGGGGUGCUGCUGCUCGGAGUCCGACUUGUUUAUGAAAGAUGCAUGGUUGUCCCCUUUGCAAAGUUUAUGGGCCUGCGGCCAAAGAAGCACUAUGCAGUGGAAAAAAACCCGACCCUGGAAAGUCUGUAUGUUACUGAAAAGUUCCCUAAACAGGACCAAGUAGAGAAAUUAUCCAAGAAGACAAGUCUGACAGAAAGACAGAUACAGAGAUGGUUCCGACACAGACGAAGUCAGGACAUACCUGGCAGGAUGAAAAAGUUCAGGGAAUGCGGCUGGCAUUUCCUGUUUUAUUCUGUGAGUUUCUUUGGUGGCCUGUACAUACUUUGGGAUAAACCAUACUUCUGGGAUACCAAGUACUUUUGGUUUAACAUAGGACGUCAGCACGUGCCCAAUGAUGUAUACUGGUACUACAUGAUAGAGCUAAGCUUCUACUGGAACCUCGUAUUUACCUUGGUAACGGACCACAAGAGGAAGGACUUCACAGAAAUGGUCGUUCACCACAUCGUUACCAUUUUACUGAUCUACUUUUCCUUUGCCUGUAACCAGAUCCGUAUCGGGACAUUGGUCCUUAUCAUCCAUGAUUCAGUGGACUUCUGGAUGGCAGCUGCAAAGAUGGCUAUUUAUUUGAAGAAAAUGAAAGUGGCCGAUAGUUUGUUUGUGAUUUUCCUCGUGGUAUGGUUUUUCACCAGGCUGUAUAUCUACCCUUUCAGGAUAGUAUGGUCGACCUCCGUCCAAUCACUCCAGUAUGCUACUAUAUUCCCUGUCUACUGGCUCCUCAAUGGCUUACUCUGGAUUCUCCAGGUUCUUCAUAUUAUCUGGACCUACAUGAUCCUACGCAUGGUGAUGGAGAAACUUACUGGGAAAGACCUUAAAGACGUCCGGAGCGACACAGAAACAUCUUCCGGGGGAGAAGACAAAGAAACAAAUGUCAACGGAUCAACAGCUUCACUGAGGAAACUUCAUGUGUCAGAAAAUGGCAGUUCAUAGGGGCAGGUCCUAUGUAUAAAUCAGGGACAACUCCUGUCAUAUCAAAUCAGCUUUAUAAUGUCCUGUUAAGGACACUGUUCUUGGUUAGUGGUUAUCUGUAACAAUUAUACUCUUCCAGUGAAAAUUAUCAAACAUAACAUGUAUCCAAUGUUUUAAUGAUGUGAAGAAAAAUAACUUGGCUUGUUUAUUUAUUCAUUCCCAAAUGAUUUAUAUAAAAUAUGGAUUCAUAUGAGGUCAAUAUGUCAAGGAAAAAGUUUAUUGAUAUCUAUAAGUUUAUUUGUUCAAUCAAACUACCCCGGGUGAAACCCAUGUGGCCCAGCAUGUGCCCUCCUCCCCUUCAUACCUUUUCACGUCCAAUCAGGGAAAGGCAACUGUGCCACCUGACUGUCAUUAUUUGUUGAUGGUAAUUGUGAUGGACAUGUUGGUUUUGUGUUUGGUCAUGUUUCAUGAGAUCUCAUGGCGGUUUUUUUCUUGGGAUUUUCAUUAGUUGUGAAUUGUGUUCAUGGUGAUGGAUGGAUUUAUCGGUUGUGUUUAUGGUAAAUAAUGUUCAUGGUAAUAAAUGGAACCAUGGGUGUGUGUGUCAGUGGUGUAAGCCUCUUUCCUUAGUGUUCAAAGUCUAGUUUGGGGAAGGUUUUUUGUAAACCAUUUUCAACUAACUAUUUCAAAAUUGACAAUUUUGUAGAAAAAAUAAGAAGGGAGCUUAUUUGUGGGCAGGGGCUGAUCUGUGGAUAAACAUGAUAUUGUGCAUACAUUGGAACUAUAUGUGAAAGUUGUUGAGAUCAGAGCAAAAAAACACCUGUAUAUACAUGCAAGAUAAGUUGGUGAGGGGAUACAGGGAUUGGCUUGUAUGUACUUAUAUCUACCAACUUCGUUAGUGGUCUAAUUGUCCUGAAACUAGUGACACUUACUCACAACUAGCAUCUUUAGUACGAGUUUGUAUUUCAACCACCUUUGGUCAAAAAUGAGGUCAAUGUUACUAUAAAUAGAUUUUGAUGUUGUACCUUUAUAAAGUUCAUUAAUUACCUGAUUGUCCUGAUCAGAAAUAGUUACUACACUUACAACCAUAAUCUCUGGUAUAGAUUCAGUUUUUUACCAUAUACAUCUGGGUCCAAAAGUGAGGCUACUGUUACUAUAAAUAGACUUUUGAUGAUCUUUCUCUUCAGACUUCAUGAAAUUUUCUAUAGAACUUAAACUCUAUAAGCUAAUUCACGAUUAUAGCAUGUUUGAUCUCUUGAAUAAAUUUGCAUUUAAAUCUAUCUCCUGGGAUCCAAAUUGAGGUCACUCUUACUCUAGAUUUCCAUCAUCUUCCCUCUACCAACUUUGUUGAUAACCAGAUAUAUAAAGAUUUAUUACUUCAUCCUCUUAUCUCUCGUUAUCAGGUUAAUUUUCCUCGUUAGAGACAUUGUGAUUAGGUAAUUCCUACCAUCUUUUGUUGUGUAUUGGUCAAUGUUGAAUAGAGACGAGAUUCCUAUUGCUUGAGAUGCCUUGUUGAUGCUUGAGACAAAUUUCCUUUUACUUAAAAGGAUAACAAACACCAAAUGUGCCAUUGUACUGAUUAUAAAUGUAGCACGUGCAAGCUUAAAGUAAAGAGUAGCUUCAUCUCUGAGUCAGACAGCUUUGCAGCUAGAUUAUCUCAAUAAAAAACACACAUUUUGUCAAAUUAGAAAGAUAUGCAGUACCGAAAUAAUAAUCUUAACUCUAAACUCUGGGUAUGUUUGUCACAGUAUUGGACUAAUGAGAAAUACAGUACACAUGUACUACAGUGCAAUAUGUAUAGAGGAUAUUAAGUUGCUGCAGUGGCCUGUUUUAUUAGUCCCCAGCUGAUAAAACUAGGGGUAAUAUAGGUGUAUUCUCCACCAGACUUGUACGUAUGUACAUAACACCAAAGUUUGCCGACCCUCUAGCGGCUUUAUUUCAUGCCAGUUCUUUAUCAAAUUUCAUGCAAUUAAAAAGAACCAUAAUAUUUUGGACAAGUCUCAGGGAUGUUUGGUCAAAGUCAAGUUCACUGUUGCUAUUUUUAGCAGGGGGCCGAAAGGGGACGUGCAUUACUUUAAGAAUACCAGUUUGCUUUUAAUUCUGACGUAUUUUUUACUGCCUGUGUGUCUAUAGAUUUAACAUAAAUAGCUUUAGCAAACACUAACAAUAUUCUAGGGGAAAGAAACACUUUCAAUAAAAAAACAAUAUCCACGAAAAAAAGUAAGGACCCGUCUUAGAAAUGUUGGAAGUUAGAUUUAAGGAGUUUAGGUGGUAACCCGAGGUACAUAAGUGUGAGCGAUAAGAUUCAUUAUAAUAGAAAAAUUCAUUCUUCCCUUAGUAACAAAAGAGUAAGGGUCCAUUUUAACAGUAUUGAAGGGGGUACAUGUCGACAGCGAUGGACGAGAAAAUCAUAUGAUAAAGUGCUAGAUACUUAAACAAACAUUGAAGAGAAGAUAAUAAAUGGACUGAUUAGAGAGUGUCUGUAUGCCUGUAAUGUUAUACAUUCCAAUGACCUUAAUUCAUCAUGUAGGAAAAAGGAUAUGCAUCAUUUUGUUAAAAAAAAUACUUUGAAAUUGAA